UACCAACGCCAUCAUUAGAACGCGCGCAAAUCACCCAAGAAAAGGAGUUCGUAAGUUAGCAACGGGCAAGAUGACUAGCGUGAAAUCCGCCUACAAGCAGUUCAGCGCAGACGAUGACUUCCCUGAUCUGUCACAGCACAAUAACUACAUGGCUAAAGUGCUAACCAAAGAGAUAUACAGGAGUCUGAGGGACAAAUCUACCAAGAAUGGAUUCACCCUCGAUGACAUCAUCCAAACUGGAGUCGACAAUCCAGGCCAUCCAUUCAUCAUGACUGUUGGAUGUGUUGCUGGUGAUGAGGAAAGCUAUGACGUCUUCGCUGAAUUACUGGAUCCGGUCAUUGAGCUGCGUCAUGGGGGAUACAAAAAGACGGACAAACACAAGACUGACUUGAAUCCAGACAAUUUAAAGGGUGGCGCACUUGACCCCAAAUAUGUGCUGUCCUCGCGCGUGCGCACUGGACGCAGCAUCCGGGGAUUUUGUCUCCCUCCGCAUUGUAGCCGCGCUGAGCGACGUUCGGUUGAAAAGAUUUCGGUGGACGCCUUAGCAAAACUCGAUGGCGAGUUCAAGGGAAAGUACUACCCCCUGAACAAGAUGACCGACGAAGAGCAAGAACAGCUCAUUAACGACCACUUCCUGUUUGACAAACCCGUCUCUCCUCUUUUGACAUGCGCAGGAAUGGCGCGGGAUUGGCCCGACGCCCGCGGGAUCUGGCACAAUGAAAACAAGAACUUCCUUGUGUGGGUGAACGAGGAGGACCACACUCGCGUCAUCUCCAUGGAGAAAGGCGGGGAUAUGCGCGCAGUCUUCACGCGCUUCUGCAACGGCCUCAAUAAAGUCGAGUCGCUUAUCAAAGAGGCUGGGUACGAGUUCAUGUGGAAUGAGCACCUGGGGUAUGUGCUGACGUGUCCGUCAAACCUCGGCACCGGGCUACGCGCGGGCGUGCACCUGAAAAUCCCGCUUCUAAGCCAGGACGAAAAGAGACUCGACGCUAUCUUGGCAAAGCUGAAGCUCCAGAAGCGAGGCACAGGUGGCGUGGACACUGCGUCUGUGGGCGGCGUUUAUGACAUCUCUAACGCGGACAGAAUUGGCUUCUCUGAGGUGGAGCUUGUGCAAGGAAUGGUGGACGGUGUCGGGCUUCUUAUAGAGAUGGAGAAGAGACUUGAGGAAGGAAAAGCUAUCGAUGAUCUCAUUCCUAAAUAAGCUUGUGCUCACUUUUAACACAGGACCUUUUUUGUACUUAUGAAAAGAAUCUUCAACCAGGUGCUAGACAGCAUAUUAUCAUGGACAUUAUUGGCUAUUCCGUAAAAUUAUACUCUUCAUUUAUUGAGCAACAAAUGUAUUAUUAAAACCAAUUCCGUGUG